CUACUGUGGUUGGUUGAAAAACUCAGGUUACUUAUAGAUUUGGAGAGUUCUGAUUGUUUAAUUUUAUAAUUUUGAUGGGAAGGUACAGAGUUGUUUCCCUAUUUUUUUGUUGUUGGAACAAUGUCACCGGAUCAUAGAGAUAGCCAUAGAAAGAGGUCACGUCCUCAGUCUGAUUACGAUGACAAUGGUGGAAACAAAAGGAGAUAUCGUGGUGAUGAUAGAGAUUCACUUGUCAUUGAUCGUGACGAUACUGUAUUCAGAUACCUCUGCCCUGUUAAAAAGAUUGGGAGUGUUAUUGGUAGAGGAGGUGACAUUGUCAAGCAGUUGAGAACGGAGACUAGAUCGAAAAUUAGAAUAGGGGAAGCAAUUCCGGGGUGUGAUGAACGUGUGAUUACGAUCUAUAGCCCUAGUGAUGAGACCAAUGCAUUUGGAGAUGGAGAGAAAGUUCUUUCUCCUGCGCAGGAUGCUUUGUUUAGGAUCCAUGAUAGAGUAGUUGCAGAUGAUGCACAGAGUGAAGAUAGCCCUGAAGGAGAGCAUCAAGUUACUGCUAAGUUGCUUGUUCCUUCGGAUCAGAUUGGGUGUAUUCUUGGUAGAGGUGGCCAGAUUGUUCAGAACAUUCGGAGUGAGACAGGUGCUCAAAUUCGUAUCAUUAAGGACAGAAACAUGCCUCUUUGUGCUUUGAGUUCAGAUGAGCUCAUUCAGAUAUAUGGAGAAAUGCUCAUUGUUAAGAAGGCUAUGCAUCAGAUUGCCUCUCGCCUUCAUGAAAAUCCUUCACGUAGUCAGAACCUACUUUCUUCUACAAUGUCUGGUGGACAUCCUCCUGCUCCACUGAUGAGCCAUGCGGGUGGUCCUCGACUUGUAGGGAUAGCACCGCUGAUGGGUUCCUAUGGACGUGAUGCAGGAGAAUGGUCUCGCCCUUUAUACCAACCUCCAACAAAUGAGCCACCAGCAACGGAGUUCUAUAUUCGGCUAGUUUCCCCAGUUGAGAACAUUGCAAGUGUUAUAGGGAAAGGUGGUGCUCUUAUCAAUCAGCUUCGACAGGAAACCAGAGCAACCAUUAAAGUUGAUAGCUCUAGAACUGAAGGAAACGAUUGUUUAAUAACUAUUUCAGCAAGAGAGGUUUUUGAGGACGCAUAUUCCCCAACCAUAGAAGCAGCUAUGCGGCUGCAACCAAAGUGCAGUGAUAAGGUGGAAAGAGAUUCUGGACUUGUUUCAUUCACGACUCGUCUUCUUGUGCCAAGUUCUAGGAUUGGUUGUAUCCUUGGUAAAGGAGGAGCCAUCAUAACUGAGAUGAGAAGAAUGACCAAAGCUAACAUCCGCGUACUGGGGAAGGAAAAUCUCCCAAAAGUUGCAUCUGACGAUGAUGAGAUGGUUCAGAUCUCCGGAGAACUUGACGUUGCCAAGGAUGCUCUCAUACAAAUUACAUCAAGAUUAAGAGCCAAUGUUUUUGACCGGGAAAGUGCUGUUUCUGCACUUAUGCCGGUCUUGCCUUAUGUUCCUGUUGCACCAGAU